UAGCUCUGUGUGUGUGUGUGUGUGUGUGUGUGUGUGUGUGUGUGUUGUGUGCUGUGUUUUAAAAUAGCCAUGGUGUGUUUUCAACAAAUAUUUGAUUGUGGAUUUCGUGCUGUUUGAAAUCUAAGAGAGAGGCGACUUUCUUUGUAUUUUUGGAGCAAAGGAGAACGUGAAGCCCUGACUGGAAAGAUAAUAUCAAGGAGGAUGUUGUUAACAUGCCUGAGGAAGGUAACAGGGCAACAGGGAAGCGAGCAAAUAGGCCAAUCCAGCGGAAGCAUGUAGUUAAAGGGAACGCUCUCUACAAUGAAGCAGGUUUUUUAAAACCCACUCCUUGCAAGUCCUUCAGCUCAAAAACCAAAUAUUUGCAUAAGGACCUGGUAAAGGAUUCCAGCUUCCUGGUUCAUGACAUUGCCGCAUGGAUUGUUUUCAAAAUUAACACCACCUCCUGUUUCACCAGUGGCUGAUUGUGCCUUGCUCCCAGCGGUGAGGGAACAGGACUGCCCGGACCCAGCAGUACGCACAGUUCAGAUCCAGUUGUACCAACCUCAGCAGGAUUGUAUUUUGAGCCUGAGCCAAUGUCUUCCACAACCAAUUAUUUUCAACCCUGUGAAUUUUCCACUUGUGUUUCUUGUGAAGAAAAUCCAAGCUGCCUGGACCAGAUCUUGGAUUCCUAUCUGCAGAUGGAAACACCCUCAGAGCCUUUGCUCAACUCCACACCAAGCACUCCCCACUAUUUUCCAGACAGCUUCCAACCGACCCCUCUCUGCUUUAACCAAAGCCUGACCCCAGGAUCACCUUCGGGUUCCUCUAGUCUCUCUGGCUCCUUUGACUACAGUUACUCACCAGCCCAGCCGCCUUCGUAUGCUCCAGAGAGUUACAACUCUCCCCCAUCCCUGGACAGCCUAAACCACGGCUUCCCUCCAGACAACUGCUCCUACCACCACCUGCCUUCACACACCCAGUACAACUGCUUCCCCACCGCCACCACCUCGGUCUGCUACUGUGCAUCCUGUGAGACAGAGCACGUGGACAUCCUCAGAGCCGCCGAGUACUUCUACCCGAGCCCGGACUGUGCGGACUUUGCCCCCUCCGUGGCCACUGCCAGUGAGUUCUAUAGGAGGGAAGCAAGCUGUGACAUCUGCUACAGUUAAUGCAAGUGACCGGUGUGAAUUAGGAGUGUGGUAUGGGUGGAUCGAUUUUUCUACCACAUGUCAUUCUUCUUCAGUUUCCUGACACUAACGUAGGCAUUCACGUGAAGUCCUCAAACCUGGCCACAGUGCCAGUCUUCUUUUAUAUGUGCACAGUUAAAAUUUUUGCAGAGAACUUCUCGUUGUUUUACUUUUCUGUGUUAUAAACAAGUUCUCUUUUUUUACAUUAAUAAAUAAGUUUGCAUAAUAUAUGUUGGGCUAUUUUCUAGUCAUUUCCAUUAAUAGUGUCUAUUUGAUUUGAAUGUUAUCAAUGAGCCAGAAAAUCACUA